AUUUACGAUCCUGCGAGCACGAGAACGUCGUACGCGCCAGACUAUAAUAGGCUCCCAAACCAACCGUUGCCUUCCCGCAUGAUCUCCUCAUUCGACACCCCUCACAAACUUUCCCAAUAAAGGCCUUCAGCACAUGCCGUGCAACCUAAGCGUAAACAUCGUAUUCCCUCCGGACAUUUAUCUCGCUCCGAAAAAGCCCCUCCCGGACCGAAGCACGCCGACGAUUGGCCCACAGCCUAUCACCCAGCGUCUUGGUGAACACGGCUGCGUGUCCCCAGCAAUCGACGGUUCCACCCCGCCUUCCCAGAACGGCAGUUUGAGAGUACGCGUGUACUGUAAGGGCGUUGGGCCAAAGGCCGGGCUAUCCGCACUCCGCAAAGUGAGGCUUCGCAUCGAGCCGUGCUAUCCGCACUGUGAUCGAUGGUUCGAUGAAGAAUUACUGGAAGCAGCAUGUUGGAGAGAGGGGCUGGUACGACGAUGUUGGGGGUCGCGGUCUAGAUCGUCAGGCACGGAUAACACGGGCGUCAGCUCAGAAACCCCCGCGAUAGCACGCGAUCUCACGUGUGCGACGGAGCUAGGGUGUCGGGAUCGCAGGAUUCGAUGGGGUUUGUAAAAUUGCCCGGAUGGGCAGUUUGGCUUAAUUUCAACUAAGCUGUGCCACAUGCGGGUGUGUACUCCCUCCUCCGCUAGCUACCUAUUGCAUUUAAGAUAACACUUAGAUCUUCGACUCAACGUGCGCGGCAUAGCCUUGCUUAGCCUCAACUUCC